UCUUGGAAUCUCUCUCUCUCUCUCUCUCUCUCUCUCACACGCACAUACUGACAAUACAAUAUUUUAUUCAUAUUUCUCUGUCUCUUGCUCUUCCUCUUAUUGUUGUACACUUCGUCCAGUUCGUUCUCUUUUCUUCUUCCUCUUUAAGCUCUUUUCCUUCCUUUAGAUCCGUUACGAUCUAAGAGGUUCAUCCAUGGCUUCAAAACGGAUCUUGAAGGAGCUCAAAGAUCUCCAGAAGGACCCCCCGACCUCUUGCAGCGCAGGGCCUGUCGCUGAGGACAUGUUCCAUUGGCAAGCAACGAUAAUGGGCCCCCCAGAUAGUCCUUAUGCAGGGGGUGUCUUUCUAGUUACCAUUCACUUCCCUCCUGAUUAUCCAUUCAAACCACCUAAGGUUGCGUUUAGGACUAAGGUCUUUCAUCCAAAUAUCAACAGCAAUGGAAGUAUCUGCCUUGACAUUUUGAAAGAGCAGUGGAGCCCUGCUCUGACCAUAUCGAAGGUGUUGCUAUCCAUUUGUUCCCUGUUGACGGACCCAAACCCAGAUGAUCCCCUGGUGCCAGAAAUUGCUCAUAUGUACAAGACAGACCGGGCAAAGUACGAGACAACUGCUAGGAGCUGGACCCAGAAGUACGCAAUGGGUUAGUGUGCUUUGUAGCGAGGGCAUGUAGUACGUCGGCUUGUAUUCCUUGUAUUUCUUGUUAUGUAUAAAAGAAGCGUGGUCCGAACUUUUGUAAUAGACAUUGAAGAAUAUAUCUACAUGUACACCUCGCAAAUGAUGACAAUGUUUUAGGUGGUUUAAUGGAUACUUAUCGUAGCAACUAUGAAAUAUCAGCUGUUAAUGUUCAA